AUGGACAUGAGCUUGUCUGGGGGCGGGCACACUGUCUCCCCCGCCGUGCGCUACCUGACCAGGACCCGCCAUGAGGGGUCCGCCUGCGCUGAGUCAGGCCCCUGUGUUGUAGAGGUGACCACCGUAACUGUGGCCAACGUGGGCGCCUCUGCAGACAACGUCUUCACCACGUCGGUGGCCAACGCCGCCUCCUUGUCAGGACACGUGCUGUCGGGUAGGACAGCCCUUCAGAUUGGGGACAGCCUGAACACCGAGAAGGCCACCCUGAUCGUUGUGCACACGGACGGGAGCAUCGUGGAGACUGCUGGGCUGAAGGCACCCGCUGCCCCCCUCACUCCAGGCCCCCAGUCUCCUCCGACUCCUCUGGCUCCCGGCCAAGAAAAGGGUGGAACCAAGUACAACUGGGACCCGUCGGUGUACGCCGGGGAGCUGCCGGUGCGGUGCCGGAACGUCAGCGGCACCCUCUACAAGAGCCGGCUGGGCUCCGGAGGCCGGGGCCGGUGCAUCAAGCAGGGGGAGAAUUGGUACAGCCCAACGGAGUUUGAAGCCAUGGCAGGCAGGGCCAGCAGCAAGGACUGGAAGAGGAGCAUCCGCUAUGCGGGGCGGCCGCUGCAGUGCCUCAUCCAGGACGGGAUCCUGAACCCUCACGCGGCCUCCUGCACCUGCGCUGCCUGCUGUGACGACAUGACCUUGCACACAUUGCCCGUGCAGCCUUCAGAGCGUGACGUUGGCGAGUGGCGCGUGGACCGCCAGCUGUGUAGCGGCCCGGUCCGGCUCUUUGUCCCCUACAAAAGGCGCAAGAGGGAAAGCGAGCUGCCCCCUGUGCCGGUCAAGAAGGACUCACCCAAGAACAUCACCCUGCUCCCGGCCACUGCCGCCACCACCUUCACCGUGACCCCCUCAGGCCAGAUCACUACCUCCGGCGCGCUGACCUUUGACCGGGCGUCCACUGUGGAGGCCACCGCCGUCAUCUCGGAGAGCCCAGCGCAGGGCGACGUCUUUGCCGGAGCCACAGUGCAAGAGGCGGGGGUGCAGCCCCCCUGCAGGGUCGGCCACCCGGAGCCGCACUACCCAGGCUACCAGGACAGCUGCCAGAUCGCACCGUUCCCCGAGGCCGCGCUGCCAACCGCUCACCCCAAGAUAGUGUUGACCUCCCUGCCGGCCCUGGCGGUGCCACCCUCCACCCCCACCAAAGCCGUCUCUCCCACGGUGGUUGGCGGGCUGGAGAUGUCAGAGCAGCGGAGCUGGCUGUACCUGGAGGAGAUGGUCAAUUCCUUGCUCAACACGGCGCAGCAGCUGAAGACGCUAUUUGAACAAGCCAAGCAGGCCAGCUCCUACCGAGAGGCUGCCGUGGCCCAGGCCCGCGUUCAGGCUGACGCGGAGCGGAAAGAGCAGUCCUGCGUCAACUGCGGCCGGGAGGCCAUGAGCGAGUGCACCGGCUGCCACAAGGUCAACUACUGCUCCACCUUCUGCCAGAGGAAGGACUGGAAGGACCACCAGCACAUGUGUGGUCAGUCGGCUGCUGUCACUGUCCAGGGGGACGAGGUCCACGUCGCCGAGGGUGUGAUGGAGAAGGUUACGGUGUAAGGGCUGCGGGCCUGGCACAGGAAGGACCCCAGGAUGGCAGGGAUGCUGAGAAGGAGGAGAAGAAACUUGCUGGCCAAGUUGUUAGCGGACACUGAGUGACCGGCGCCCUUGGAAGUGGACGCCUGCUGCCAGCCCCGAGGAAGGGCGGAGCGCGGCCUCUCCGGUGCGGCCGGUGGACGCCGCUCACGGUGCUGUUUUUAUCCCCUGGAUCAUGAGCAUCUGGUCUUCCCUACGGUGUGUGGUGUCCUGUAACACGCGUGUACAUAUGUGUCUGUCAAUAAAGUUGAUGCCCCGCACCCACCCGGGUGGCGGCUCCAGCUCCCACCCCUGAUGCUGGGUGGGGGCUCGCUUUCACUGGCCUGAUUGUGCAGCUCGGACGCCGGACUCGGAAUGUGCAUUGCCCACUGGGUCAGGCAAGGCCGGCCUGCAGCCCUCCAUCCAUCGAGGAGCUGGGGGGCGGGGCACUGCCCCCACACCAGGAUCCCUCAGGCCUGGAGCCGCCAGCCGGGACAGCCGAGCCCCCGUGCAGUCUCUGGGUGACGCGGUGUCUGGACCUGCGGCCUCCCUGGCGGGGCUGGAGUGUAACCCGGAUGAGGCGCCUCCUCCCCUCUGCGCCUGAGACCCCGGCCCCUCCCAGCUGCGCAGGCCAUCCCGGGAACCCAGGUUUCCAGGAGAGCCCUAGGCCUGCGUCACUGGAUCUGUGCCCGGAGGGCGUCGGGGGAGAAGGCCGAGGCUCCGAGCAGCGGAAAGACCCCUCGAGGGCAGCCUGACGCAGCCCCGCUGUUCAGACUAAUUCACAGACUUGAACUGACUAACUGACGCCACCUCUGCGGCACUGUCUGCCACGUUGAUACCACUACGGAGUGGAAAGAUUCCCCCAGCUCUGCUUCCAGAAGGUUCUUCUGAGUCCAUAGCCCGUGGACACUUGCUCUGGGGACACUGGCACCCGGUAAGCCGAGGGGGUGGCUGAAGACCCAGCGGGACAUGGGUGUGAGCUCAGGAGCCCAUCCCCCCGGCCGAGCCUGGCACUCCAGGAGCCCCGCUGCCUCGUUCCAGGCGGCUCUGUGGAUGAAGUGGGGUUGCUUGGGUUUCCUUCGUGUAACAAGUGCUUGUGACGCCCCCGU